CAAACCUAACAUGUAAUAAACCCAACAGAGUGUCCGUACGAGAAUACAAAACCCAAGCGAUCACCACUAGUACAAGGGUUUAGGAGCAACAAAUCUCGUUAAACGACAAUUCAUCCUCUGCAACGGACACUAAAUCGCCGGAGAGCAGAGCUUUGCGUCAGUUGAAGGGAACCGUAGAAAUUUAAUAUAAAAGAAGUGUUUUCAAAUGGAAGGAGAGUUCGGGAAAGAAUAUAUUCUAGCACCAUCAAUUUCCGAAAAGCAGAAUGUAAUGAGUCAAGUGUUGAUCAAUGCAAGGUUGGAAGAUAAGGAUUUGGAAACAAGAGGGGUGAAUGUUGUCCAACUUGAUGAAGAAUCAGGGGCUGUAGUUUAUGGUAAUCAAAGUUCGAAAUUCGAAUUUGAAGCAACAGGCGUUGUUUCGGCCAAGGUUCAAUCUGGUGGUACUGUCAAUACUCUAGCCAUGCCCGUCCAACACAAUGAUACAUCAUAUCAUUCAAGUAAGGAAAUUGAUGGAGUUGUCUUGGCUACUUCGACUCCAGAAAAGCAGGAAUCAAAAAAGAGGCCUAAUAGUCGUAUUCAUCUCAACAAAACACCGCAAAAGAAACUCAAGAAUCAUAAACCCAAGAUAUUAGAAAGCGCCAAGAGAAAAACACAUAAUGAUCAAGCCUCAAAAUUUAUGCCGAAAACUCCUUUGAAGCGAUCAACUCCUAUACGACGUUCAAAAAGGAGUCAUGGUAAAGAAACUAUUUCAAAGGAGGUUUCAGUAAAAAAUAAUAGGUGGGAACAUGUUUUUGGUUUGUCAAAAGAUGUUUUGCAGGGACAUCUUCCAAAUUCAUCAUGCAAACGAGCUCUGAAGUUUUUUGAAAAAGAGACACAUGACGAAAAUGUGGGCAAACCUUUGAAGGUUUGUGAUUUCAAUAUGAUUUCUUUCCCCAAAAUAAACAAGCGAAGGAGGAGUGUGAGACAUUGGAUCUACAAAAGACUCAAUGAAACAACAACGGAUGAUUGUGUGAACAACUUGACAUCAUGUUCGAUAAAUCGGAGGAAAAAGAGAUCACCCGGAUGCACUAAAAGGCGCAUAUACACUUCUCGGCCUAUAAAAUUUAUAUGCAGUUCGUCAUCAUCAGUCAAUCUUCUGGAACACCUAAGUAAUGAGUUGUAUCACAAAAUUGCAAACAAAAGGAUGGAAAUGAAGAAGAGACGGAACAAUAUAAAAGCAUCUCCCAAAAAUGAAUCUGGAAAGAGGAUCGAAGAAUGUUUAUCGCAAGAGAGCCUCCUUCAAGGAAAGGAUUCGAAUGUGCAUAGCUUUGUCGAUGUUAUUGAUAAAUUUGAGUCUCCUACCAUUGAUCACAAAUAUGAUCAACUCGUGGUGCGAGAUCGAAGUGUAGGUGCAUCAAUAGUUCCAUAUAAAGGAAGAUUUAAUCCUUUAAAGAAGAAAAAGAAGGAAGCAUUGCCCAAAGUUGAUCUUGAUGAAAAGUCCGAGAAAGCUUGGCUAAAGCUUAUGGAUAGUUGUGGUAAAAACUAUGAACAAGGUGAAGAUGAAGAAUACUGGGAUACAGAGAGACAAAUAAUGAUAAAUAAAGUAGAAUCUGUGAUAUCUAUACUCGGGGGCUUUCAAGGUAAUAGAAGCUUCUCAAGAUGGAAGGGCUCUGUAAUGGAUUCUAUUAUAGGAGCUUAUCUGACUCAAAAUGUUAGCGACCACCUCUCAAGCUCCACCUUUAUGUGUUUUGCGGCACGCUUUCCACCAAGAGAUAUAAAGAGAAGUAGUAAAAUCCAUGAAAAGUUAUCAGCAUGUCUACCACUAGAAUUGUUCCCAAAAGAUGUCGAAAUGCAAAAAUGGGGAAAUAAAAGUACUUUCCAAGAAAUUAGUCACAUUGGAUCUCAAAGUGAAAUUGAAAGUCUGGUCAAUUGUGCUUCCAUAAUAGAUAGAGAAGGUACUAAAGUCAAAAGUUUUCAAGCAAAAAGUGAGGCUAAAAAGGAGAAAAUAAUUGGACCCAUUUUCUCGUUAAGCAAUGGGUACAAUAAGCGAGGCUUUCCGGAUAGAAAGAUUAAGAAAAAUGAGAAACAUAAAAGGGAUUGGGAUAAGUUAAGAAAAACUUAUUGUCAACCAAGGGAAAGAAAUGAUGACAAUAUGGAUGCUAUAGACUGGGAGUCUGUUAGGCAAGCACCAAUUGCCGAGGUUGUUGAAAUCAUACAAGGUCGAGGAAUGGAAACUGUACUUGCAAAUGAAAUCAAGGCUUGUCUUGAUCGUGUAAUGCGUGAUCAUGGGUCUAUGGACUUGGAGUGGUUGAGAGAUGUCCCACCAAAAGAUGCAAAGGAAUACUUGCUGAGCAUAUAUGGUAUAGGCUUAAAAAGUGCAGAAUGCAUACGACUUUUGUCACUUUAUCAUGUGGCAUUCCCUGUUGACGUAAAUGUUGGUCGAGUUGUAGUUCGAUUAGGAUGGGUGCCUUUACAGCCACUUCCGGAAGGGCUCCAACUGCAUCUUUUACAAGAGUACCCUGUGAUGGAUAACAUUCAGAAAUAUCUAUUUCCUCGUUUGUGCACCCUUAGCCAUGAGACAUUAUAUGAAUUACAUUACCAUUUAAUAACAUUUGGAAAGAUUAUUUGUACAAAAAAGAAACCAAGAUGUGACGGAUGCCCACUGAGCGGACAAUGCAAGCAUUAUGCAAGUUUAUCAGCGAGCAAAAGGUUGGCGCUGCCUGCACCAGAGAUAAAAAAGAAGCCAAAUGUGAGAGAGAAACCGAUUGUCGAGAUGCCACAUAGUCCACAGAAUUACGGUGAAGAGUUUGAUCUUCCGGAUAUCGAAGAUUGUUACCAAGAUCGUAAAUCUUAUCUUCAUGAUCUUAAUGAAAAUCCUUUGCAUGAGUCUGAUGCCGAUUUUCACACGUCCGAUGAUGACAUACCUACCAUCAGAAUUAGUAACAAAGAAUGUAACAAGCAUGGAGGAAGUAACUCACAUUUAGUUGUUCAAUCAGGACCUAAGGCAACACCUGUACCCAAUCACAGAGGCCGUUUAGAAAGUGUACACCAAGUGUAUGAGCUUCCGGAUUCACAUCCAAUUUUACAGCAAUUACAAGUGGAUAAAAGGGAUCCAAAUGAUCCAUCUCCGUAUCUUUUUGCACCAUGGGUAUUCUACGAAGAAGGUAGCAAGCUAAGGAGUUCAUUUUCACAAGGUUCCAGUUCUUCACGUGAAAUUGUAUGUUACCCCACAUUCAGUAAUAACGAGGAUGAUGAUUUUACAACGACAGUUAGUGGAACAUUGAUGAUUCCCGUGCGUAGUGCAAAUAAAGGGAGUUUUGCACUUAAUGGAACAUACUUUCAGGUUAAUGAGGUAUUUGCUGAUGACGAAUCUACCAAUGUGCCAAUUUGUGUACCUAAACAAUGGUUAUCUAAUCUUCCAAGUGCACUACUGUAUUGUGGAGCCAAUGUAACAUCGGCUUUCAGAGAAUUACCGAUGGAAUGUAUUCACAAGGCCUUUAGUCAAGGUUAUUAUUGUAAUCGAGGAUUCAAUAGAGAAACAAGGCUUCCAACUAUGCUAAAUAAAUUAUUCCAUAUGAAGACAUGCAAGCAGCGAGGAAAGACUACGCAGACGAAGGGAGAAAAGACCAAACGAUCUGUUGGUGCAUAGAAAUUGUGUAUAGAUAAAAUUGAUUAGAGGUUUUUAACACGUAUUUGGGUAUGAUACUACUUUUCAAAUGUGGUAUCUCUUGGUUGUUUCUUUAAGUUCCAGUUUCAUAGUUUGCUAAUAUCUGAUGUGUUUAUACAAUAUUUAUACGUAUAUCUAUAAUAGGUGGUUAAGUUUUGAUUCUUA